ACUGCAAAAAAAAAAAAAAAAAAACCCUAGAAAUCUCUGCAAUGGCACCAAAGAGAAAGGCAACUGUGGGGGAGCCAUUGCCAACUCGUGUAACUCGAAGCCAAGCCAAGAAUGACAACUCGAAACCCGUUUCAGUUGACCCGGUUUCACCAAAACCAAAACGGGUCAAAAGGGGUACCGUUUCUGAGUCGAAAUCGAAAGUGAAGGCUCCAGUUGAUUCCGGGUCGAAGAAAAUUGUUGUUGUUGAGCACUGUACCCAGUGCAGGCAGUUCAAGAUUCGGGCUGUGAAGGUGAAGGAGGAGCUGGAAAAUGGGGUACCCGGUUUGGAGGUUCGGGUCAACCCGGAAAAGCCAAGGAGGGGUUGUUUUGAAAUCCGGGUCGAUGGUGAAAAGGGGGAGAAGUUUGUUAGCCUUUUGGAUAUGAAGAGGCCAUUUGGACCCAUGAAGGCACUUAAUAUGGACAAGGUCAUUUCUGAAAUUAUUGAGAAAAUUAAGUGAUUCAUUUUAAUUUUAUUUUGCUUAAUGGGGGAAAUUUAGUGUUUUUGGGGAUUUAGGGUUAUGUUUAUGAUUUUGUGUUUUGUAUGGCUAAAGUAUUUGAUAUUUUCAGGUCAUUUGUAGCCCUUCGAAAAAUAUGGAAACAAUCUGUUGUGAAUUUUGCCUUUUGUUUUCCCAAACUAUGGUUAAAAUGAAAUGAUUAGUGUGGUUGAAACUCUAUUAUA